AUGCAACUAAAGUAUAAGAACGAGGCUGUGUCGUCUGAUACAGCGGGAGAAGUUACAGAAGAUAAAGUAGGAGAAAAUGCAAAAGAUACAGCAGGAGAAAAUACAGAAGAUACAGCUGGAGAAGAUAGUGAUGUAAAAGACACAGAGGAUACAGUUGAUGUAUAUACAGAAGAUUCAGCUAGAGAAGCUAAAAAAGAUACGGUAGAAAAAAAUACAGAAGAUGCUGCAGGAAAAAAUACAAAGUACACAGCUGGAGAAGAUACUGAAGAUACAGUUGGAGAGAAUACAGAUGACACAGAAGAUACAGCUGGAGAAAAUACAAAAGAUACAGCUGGAAAAGGUAUUGAAGAAACAGCUGUAGAAAAUACAGAAGACACAGAAGAUAUAGCUGGAAGAGAUACAGAAGAUACAGUGGGAGAAGUUACAGAAGAUAAAGUAGGAGAAAAUGCAAAAGAUACAGCAGGAGAAAAUACAGAAGAUACAGCUGGAGAAGAUAGUGAUGUAAAAGACACAGAGGAUACAGUUGAUGUAUAUACAGAAGAUUCAGCUAGAGAAGCUAAAAAAGAUACGGUAGAAAAAAAUACAGAAGAUGCUGCAGGAAAAAAUACAAAGUACACAGCUGGAGAAGAUACUGAAGAUACAGUUGGAGAGAAUACAGAUGACACAGAAGAUACAGCUGGAGAAAAUACAAAAGAUACAGCUGGAAAAGAUAUAGAAAAAACAGCUGUAGAAAAUACAGAAGACAUAGAAGAUACAGCUGGAGAAGAUACAAAAGAUACAGCUGGAGAAAAUACAGAAGAUACAGUAGGAGAAAAUACAGAAGAUACAGCUGGAGAAGAUACAGAAGAUAGCGCUGAAGAAAAUACAGCUGGAGAAGAUAAAGCUAAAGAGGAUCCAGUAGGAAAAGAUAUAACUGGAGUGGAUAAAGAGGAUACAGCUGCAGAUGGUGCAGAAGAUACAGCUGCAGAAGAUACAGAAGAUACAGAAGAUACAGCUGAAGAGGAUACAGAAGAUACAGCUGAAGAAGAUGCAAAAGAUACAGUUUCAGAAGACACAGAAGAUAUAUCCAAAGUAGAUACAGAAGAAAUAGCCGAAGUAUAUAAAGAAGAUACAGCUGGAGAAGAUACAGAGGAUAUAGCUGGAGAAGAUACAAAAGAUAGAGCUGAAGAAGAUAAAACUGAAGAACAUACAGAAGAUACAUCUGGAGAAAGCACAGAAAAAACAGCUAGAGUAGAUACAGAAGAUUCAGCUGGAGAUUUAGAAUUAGAAGGUACAACUAAAGUAUAUGCAGAAGGUACAGCUGAAAAAGAAACAGAAGAUAAAGCUGGAGAAGACACAGAAGAUAUAGUUGGAGAAAAUACAGAAGACACUGCUGAAGAAGAUACGAAAGAUACAGAUAGAGAAAAUACAAAUAGUGAUGAUACAGAAAAUACAGCUAUAGAAGAUACAGAGGAUACAGCUGGACAAGUUACAAAAGAUACAGCUGGAGAUGAUACAAAAGAUACAGCUGGAGACGAUACAAAAGAUACAGCUGGUGAAGAUGCAAAAGAUACAGCUGUAGAAUAUAUACCAGAAGACACAGCUGAAGGAAAUGCAAAAGAGAAAAUAAAUGUCAAAUUACCAGUUCAUGUCAUCCAUUUGGGAAAAGCUGAGAAAACGUUUAUUUUAACAGGCGGAUUUAAAACAUCAUUGUUGAUUUCAAAAUCACAAGAAAACGCAUUAAAAUCAGUUAUUUCGUCGCCUUCAGAAAAAUUGAUUCAAUUACCACCUCCUGCCAUCAUUGAUCAAAUCAGACGAAGAACUGCAAGCUCAAAAGUAUCCAAUGUAUCUUCAGCAUUCAAAUCAGCACCAAAGACUUCUGUAGGAUCAGUGUUCAUACCAACUUCAACUACAGGAACAACAAUACCAUCAGUAAUACCAACAUCAAUGGUAGACACAUCACUGGUAAAGGGUCCCGUAACGUCGAAAGAAAAGCAGGCAGCAAAACAGAAGAAGAAAAGGUGUAAAUUUGCAAAGAAGAAACCCCUUCCUGUCCAAAAGAAACAAAAUAUGAAAGGCCUGGAAAAGAUGUCAGUUAUGUCUUCUGUUGGGAAACAUCUCCAAAUCAACGACAUCGAAAAAACUGACUUGAAAGUGAAAUAUAUAAACAGAGAAAUAAAAAAGGCUGAUAAUAUGGUUGACGAAGUAAAAAGAAAAUUUGAAUAUACCGAGGAAAUGCUGAACAAUAGUGCAGUGUUCUCUGUCCUUACUGACCAAAAUAACACUCUCCUUUCAAGAAUUCAAACAGUCAGUAGUGCUUUUCAAGAUAUGGCUGGUAUGAUUGGUAAUAGACACAUGGAAAGAACUUUAAAUGAUCUAGGUUUGCUUGAAGAGUAUGCAGAAAAUAGAAAAGAAAUGUUUUCUGUUGAUAGAGAUUACUUAAACAGUUUUGCCAGUAAAUUAAUCUAUCAAGUUCGGGAAGUGAUCAGGCAAGAUGAAAAGGUUUUUCUGCUACAAGAUUGUGAAACAAGUCCAGAUGAAAUACCAAACUACUGCAAGAAGUAUGAGGUCCGUUGGUUCCAUAACACAACAGCAGGUCGAUGUGAAAGGAUGUGGGGAGGAUGUGAGUUUGAUGGAUAUUUUGAAAACAAUAAUAAUAAGUUUAAAGAUGAAUCAGCUUGCAAUCAGACUUGUGUGGAACCAGGAUACCCUGAAGCCUGCUUCCUAAAACCUUCUAAAGGUCUGUGUGACUAUACUGAAGAAAGAUGGUACUAUACACCAGAGCAGGGUUGCCGGCUAUUCAACUAUACUGGAUGUUUAGGAAACCAAAACAAUUUUCAUACCUACAGAAAAUGCCAGGAUACCUGUUAUGGAGCAAAAACAAUAUUAGAAUAUCAGAUUCCUCAAAUACAGAUAAAUGCACAACAAACAACAACAGUAACAGCAAUAAAAGCAACAACAACACCUUCUGAAGCAUAUGAUUUUGAAGCAACGGAUGACUUUGGAGUCAAGGUAAACAUGUAUGGUCCUGAACUUGUAGGAGUUGGUGAUCUCNAACAACAACAACAACAAGACCGA